AUCUAACUUUUAAUUUUUAUCCACCUUUUCAGGGGGAUGGUCAGAGUGAAAUCAAUUCUAAUAACUUCAGAGGUUUAAAAAAAAAAAGAAACCGAACAGGUCUCCGUAUUCAACAAACCCUUCCUGAAAGGAGAAGAAGCUCCAAAUGGCCAACGACGAAACCAAGAAAGAUUCUAUCAGAAUGAGUCUGAAGGGACACACUAACAAUGGAUUUGUUCAAAACGAGCCAGUUAUGGAGAGAGAAACUGACUCCGGCAAUCAGACAGAUGCACUGAAGACAAAUGCCAUCGACGUGCAUCCCCAAGAGCCUGACCCUACAAUUAUCAAGCCAUACGCAGGGAUGCCCAAGGAAGUCUUGCUUCUGUACUCAAGCCAAGCGCGGUACAGACUCACCCGAGAGAUCCUCUUCUGGCUCAUCGUUGCAUCUGUGCUGGUGCUCAUAAGUGCUACCAUCUCGAUAAUUGUCCUGUCUCCGAAGUGUCUCGACUGGUGGCAAGCCAGUCCCAUAUACCAGAUCUACCCACGUUCUUUUAAGGACAGCAACCGGGAUGGCAACGGUGAUCUGAAAGGUAUACAAGAGAAACUCGACCACAUCAUCAAUUUAAACAUAAAAACUGUGUGGAUUACUUCUUUUUAUAAAUCAUCCAUCAAAGACUUCCGAUAUGGUGUUGAAGACUUCCGAGAAAUUGAUCCCAUUUUUGGAACAAUGAGAGAAUUUGAGAAUCUGAUUGCAGCUAUACACGAUAAAGGCUUAAAGCUAAUAAUGGAUUUUAUACCAAAUCAUACAAGUGAUCAACAUAUUUGGUUUCAACUGAGUCGGAAUCGGACAGGAAAAUAUACAGAUUAUUAUAUUUGGCAUAACUGUACCCAUGAAAAUGACAUGACCAUACCACCCAACAACUGGUUGAGUGUCUAUGGGAACUCUAGUUGGCAGUAUGAUGAACAGAGAAAACAAUGUUAUUUUCACCAGUUUAUGAAAGGACAACCCGACUUGAAUUUCUAUAAUCCUGCUGUCCAGGAGGAAAUAAAGGAAAUUAUCCAGUUUUGGCUCGGAAAGGGUGUUGAUGGAUUUAGUUUUGAUGCUGUUAAAUUUCUUCUGGAAGCAACACAUCUGAGAGAUGAACCUCAAGUAGAUAAGAAACAACCACAGGACACGGUUAGAAACUAUUCUGAUCUGUACCACGAUUACACCACCACUCAAGUGGGGAUGCACGACCUGCUCCGCAGCUUUCGACAGACCAUGGACCAGUACAGCAGGGAGCCUGGCAGAUACAGAUUUAUGGGAACUGAAGCAAGCAAUCAGGAAAGCAUCGAAGAAACCAUGAUGUACUAUGGAAAGCCCUUUGUCCAAGAAGCAGAUUUUCCCUUCAAUUUUUACCUCACAGAAAUGAGCACUAUCUCUGGAACUAUGAUAUUUGAUGCCAUAAAAUCCUGGAUGAAGAACAUGCCAGAAGGAAAGUGGCCCAACUGGAUGAUCGGAGGACCUGACAUUGUUCGGGUAACUUCUCGUUUUGGAAAAGAAUAUGCCAAUGUCAUGAAUAUGCUAAUUUUAACACUUCCCGGGACGCCUAUAACGUACUAUGGUGAAGAAAUAGGAAUGGAAACUAUUUCGGCAGCAAAUGCAAAUGAAAGCUAUACCACUCUGUUUUCCAAGUCACCAAUGCAAUGGGACAACAGCUCCAAUGCUGGUUUUAGUGAGGGGAACCAAACCUGGCUACCCACCAAUAAGGAUUACCAAUCUCUGAAUGUUGAUGUUCAGACAACUCAAGCCACUUCCCCACUGAAGCUGUAUCAACAGUUAAGUUCCCUGCGUCUCAGUGAGCUGCUUCUUAGCUGGGGCUGGCUGUGCCACAUUUGGCAUGACACUGACCUUGUGGUGUACACGAGAGAGCUAGAUGGCCUAGACAGGGCCUUCACCAUGGUGCUCAAUUUUGGGAAUGAAACAGAGGUGAAUUUACAGAAACUUUCUUUAGGGUUCCCAGAAAAAGCCAGCAUAAAGCUCAGCACCACGUUCACUAACCAAGGCAAGACGGUGGACAUGGCAGCAGUGAAAACGGCAAGUGGGGAAGGCCUCAUCCUGGAACAUCGAAUGCCCAAACUCCUGCAUCAUCAAGAAACCCUCAAAGACAGGUGUCUUGUUUCAAGAAAAGCCUGUUAUUCCAGCUUCUUCGAUAUAUUAUACAAUUCCUGCUGAGCUGCUGUCACUGGUCAUCUUGGCCUCCAACUCAGGCAGUAGCUUUACCUUCAGCCUGAUGAAUGUAAACAUUAUGAACAUUGACCAGUUAUAAUUCUUAAGUAUUUCUACAUCUUGAAUUUAGCUGUUUUAGUAAAAGUUGUUCUAUACUCUAAAAAUGCAAUAAAUAUUUAAAAGAAAA